AUGUGUUCAAGUAUGAAGCUUGUGUCCGAUCACAGCUUGAGACGAAUGAACAGUGGAAGGACAAAAUUGCUACGACUGAAUGCGCUAACAUUUGCUUCCUGGAAGCUGCCACUGCUAUCUACUCAAUUCAAUCAGUCGCUGUGCGGUGGCACUGAAUAUAUGCGAAACUGGAAGUACAACAUGAGCUUUGUGAGGAGCGUGAACGAGAUCGAAAUCGAACUGAACACAGUGGUUUCGCUGAAAGAGAGCGAAUUCAACGAGGAGAAGCGGCGUGCCAAUGAAAUUCUAGAAGAAUUCGAAAAAGAUCAAAUUGCAGUAGGAAGAAAUGCGUCCAGUGCAAAAGCAAUGUAA